AUGCGGGCAGGCGCCAGCCGCCAGCCUGCACUGCAGCCUGCGCUGCGGGCACACGGCACGCCUUUUCAGCCGUUCGUGGCUCUUGGAGAGAGAGAUCAGAGCCGUUUCUCGGGCCUUGCCGUGCUCCGCCGUGGCCGCGAGGAGGCGACGAGUGCCGUCUGUGCUCUUUGCUCUCUGUCUCCGCGCCGCUCUGUGCCUCAGGUGUGCGGGGCCGGGCCGGGGGCCGGGGGCCGGGGGCCGGGCUCGCCAUGGCGAUGGCCUCGCGGCUCCGGAGGUUUGGUUUGGUCGAGUCUUCCCCCGCCUCGCGCUGCGCUUCCCCGCUCCUCGCCUCGCGCCUCGCUCCCCCCCCGCGGCCCUUGGAGGCUCUUUGGGAAGGGCGCUGCCCCCGUGGUGGUGGAGCAGGCGGAGAAGCUCAUCCAGAGCAACCCGUGCGUGGUCUUCUCGAAGAGCACCUGCCCUUUCUGCGACAUGGCCAAGAGCGUUCUGCUCAGCGACUUGAAGGCAAAGUGCCACGUGAUGGAGUUGGACAAGGAACUGAAGCCAGAUGAGAUGUCUGCACUGCAGGACCACUUCUUGCAGACGACCGGGGCGCGCUCCGUGCCGCGGGUCUUCAUCAGCGCCGAGUGUGUAGGUGGCGGCUCGGAAGUGGCGGCCCUGCACGGCAAGGGGGAGCUGAAGCCCAUGCUGGAGAAGGCUGGCUGUCCUCGCUGGAGCUAUCGAAUGAGAUGCCGAUCUGUACAGCGAGGUUCGGUGCAAGCCGAUCUUACGACAAGAGCAAGGGUCGCAAGGUCGCAAGAGCCCUUCAGCUUGCGCGGAGCUGUUUUCCGAAGGGCACUGCGAGGAGCCCGCUGGCCCGAAAGCCUGGCGCAAGCCGUCCCAGCGAAGACGCAAACGGGGCGGUUCAAGCGAUUGUGA